GAUCAUAUCUUUUCUCCUCGAAUGUAGAUGUAGCUCACUUCGUUUUUACGGUACAAAGUUGUAUGUUACGCAGAUGUGCAAAUUUUAUGUAGAAAACGGUGAAGGCAAAACAGCCAAGCGAUUAUCGACGUUUCACUAAGCUACACAGAUGCGCAUCGUGUCUGAAAAUCGCUGGUAUAAUCAUUUUUUUGGGGCCAAGAAGGUGAUUGGAGUUUUUUUCCUGCGGAUUUCGACUGUUUCGCAGGCGCUGGAGUCAUGGGUAAAAGAAGAGACAAGCUUCGGCCCCCUCUAGGACUCAUUGCUCUUGGAUUCCAGGGUUGACCGACCACAGAUGGGACAAAGCUUGUAUUUAAUUGACCAUAUCCCACAAUCGUAUUCCUUCAGCUUCUCCCAUGAGAGUUCUCUGUCUCUCUCCGCCUCUUCAAGUGCCAUAGACCCACAGAUGUUCAUGUGUGCCUGCGCUGAACUCUGAACCAUGCGGACCAGCAGAUCCACGCUGCUCCUGUGCUCAGUACUUUUCUGCUCCGCCUCUCUUCUAUAUUUGGGCAUGAGUGGUGUGGAGUGCCCGCCCAAGAGCCACCGACACAAAUGGAUGGAGAUGCACUUGAGCCAAUCGGCCAAUCAGAAUGUGUCUUUGUCUGAGCACUUCCCCGAGGACACGCCCCUCAUCUUCAUCGGAGGGUUUCCACGUAGUGGUACUACUCUGAUGCGGGUGAUGCUAGAUGCUCAUAAUGCUGUCCGCUGCGGGGAGGAGACGAGGGUAAUACCACGGCUGUUAGCCAUGAGGGCCACGUGGAGCCGCUCUGUGAAGGAGAGGAUCCGAUUGGAUGAAGCCGGGGUCACUGACCAGGUGUUGGAUGCAGCUGUGAGGGCGUUUCUGCUCGAGGUAAUUGUUGGUCAUGGAGAGCCUGCCCCUCGUCUGUGUAACAAAGACCCGUUUGCACUAAAGUCUCUGUCCUAUUUGUCACAUAUCUUUCCAAAAGCCAAAUUUGUCCUCAUGAUUCGAGACGGCAGAGCAGCCGUCCACUCCAUGAUUUCACGAAAGGUUACCAUCUCUGGGUUUGACCUGAGCAGUUACCGAGACUGUCUGACCAAGUGGAGCAGUGCCGUGGAAACCAUGGUGAAUCAGUGCUUGGCAGCCGGAGAAGAGCGCUGUCUCCCAGUGCGUUACGAGGAGCUGGUACAGCGCCCAGAGCCUGAAAUGAGGAAACUUCUACACUUCCUGGACCUGCAGUGGGACCACUCUGUGCUGCACCACGAGGAGCUGAUCGGGAAGGCGGGGGGCGUGUCUCUAUCCAAAGUGGAGCGGUCAACGGAUCAGGUGGUGAAGCCAGUGAACACAGAGGCGCUGUCUAAGUGGGUGGGGAAUAUCCCUUCGGACGUCCUGAGCGAUAUGGCAGAAAUCGCCCCCAUGCUCUCACGUUUGGGCUAUGACCCUCAUGCCAACCCCCCCGACUACAGCCGCCCCGAGCCACCGCUGUCCCUCUACAACCUGUCCCGCACCAGACCUACACAUUAGUGGUGUCUCCACUGACCAUGACCAGUAGGAAAAGACUUCUAACAGAUAAGGGCGACUUUUUGCCAUGGCUGUUCUUCCACAGUAUUACAUUUUGUCUUUGAAAUGAUGUUUAAGAUGUAACUUAUCAGUCCAACUUGAAUGUGAAUGUGUCAAAUCUUCACUAACGCAGCAGCACCAGAUCAGUGUUCAUGAAGCAUAAUGACUGUAUAUUUUUGAAAAUGUGUUUAUUUUCUUAAUAAAUUAUUUUGAUGUGAGAGAUGCAUUGAAAUGUUGAACAAUGUUGUUUACCUGGAAAUGACUCUUUUAAAAAAAUGUAUAUUGAUAAAAGAUUAUUAAAGAGUCGUGAACGUCACUAA